GGUUUGGUUUGGAAAAGAUUGGACCAAACAUGCCUCUAUCAUAGAGAUAGAGAACACUAAAAAAGGACACAAAGAGUGAGAGAGACUGAGACCUCCCUUCCCUUUUAAAGGAAAGGUAAAAAGUUCGUGGAUUUCGAGGCCAAAUCAUCCGCCACUUCCUUCGCUACCAUUCUCUCUUUUCCUUGUAUCUGGGUACUUGUACUAUAAUUCACCAAAACCUUGUUGUUUGAUUCAUUCCUGUGUGUUUUUGAGAUGCCUUUAUCUUCUGCUACUAUUCUUAUGCUUUUAGUUACUACUUGUGUCUUUUAGAUAAAAGAUGAGUACGCUGGACGCAACUAGAGCAGAACUUGCUCUUAUAGUUUUGUAUUUGAAUAAGGCUGAAGCAAGGGAUAAGAUAUGCAGGGCUAUACAAUAUGGUUCGAAAUUCUUAAGUAAUGGGCAACCUGGCACAGCCCAAAAUGUUGACAAGUCAACCAGCUUGGCUCGGAAAGUUUUCCGUCUUUUUAAGUUUGUCAAUGAUUUGCAUGGUCUUAUUAGCCCAGUUCCUCGAGGAACUCCCCUUCCACUUGCUCUGCUGGGAAAGUCCAAAAAUGCACUGUUGUCAACUUUCUUGUUUCUCGAUCAAAUUGUCUGGCUUGGCAGAACAGGUAUCUAUAAGAACAAAGAAAGAACUGAGCUGAUUGGACGAAUAUCUCUUUUCUGUUGGAUGGGUUCUUCAAUCUGUACCACCUUGGUUGAGCUUGGGGAGCUCAGAAGGCUAUCUAAAUCAAUGAAAAAGUUGGAAAAGAAUCUUAAGGACAGUGAUAAUUACAAGAAUGAGGAAUACUGUGCCAAGCUCCAAAAAUCAAAUGAGAGGACUCUAGCUCUUGUUAAAGCAGGACUGGAUAUAGUGGUAGCAGUUGGCCUUCUUCAAUUGGCACCUAAGAAAGUCACCCCUCGUGUAACAGGAGCUCUUGGAUUCGCUACGUCUUUCAUCUCCUGUUAUCAGUUGCUUCCAUCGCCACCGAAGUCCAAGGUAAACUGAAGUGGGAAGCCUGUUUUGCUCAUCAAGCUUGAGUAUCAUCAUCUAAAUAAAUUCAACUUGUGCAUUUAAGUUCAUAUCGGUACAAGGUUUGAAGAAUUUGUCAACUUGGGGGUGAACUCGAAAUUACACUUCCUAUUUAUAGCACCACUGUUGUUGCAUAUCUUUCUGGCUUUCAACAAAAAUAAUACUAUUAUACAUUGCUAUCAUUUCUUCACAUUCAUGAAUUUAGGCAGAGUUCAUAUAUAUAUCCUGUGCUCUGUUUGACACAUUUUAUUACUUGGAUAAACAUAUACCCGAUUUAGUGACA